AUGUCCACCUCCUCGCAGGCACCGGCGCUAUGUGUAGAGCACUCUGUUCAAUCCAAACGAAAACCUCAUCUGGUGGUGGACGUGUGCAAAGGAGCUUCGAACGUAGCGCCAGCCGAGUGCCUCGAUCUGUUACCGCAGAACCUUCCUCUUGAAGCAGCGGUUGGCCUUUGCCGCGAAGCUAAAGGCGUGGGGCCAGCCAUUUGUACCAAUGCUAGAGACCAACUUAGAAAUGGACCAGGCGUCACGGUGAGGUUGUGCCGGGGUGCCAGCGGUCAAGGUCCGGCGGAAUGUUUUCGUCGGUCCGCCCUCGCCACAGCGCUCUCGACAGAUGAACGUGUGGAAUUGUGUGUAGGAGCGAGAACGGAUGCUCCGGCAAGAUGUGCUGGACAAGUGCGAGAUCGUCGCAUCAGCCCCCCAAACAAGGUAGCACUGUGUCGUGGAGCUUCUGGUAUUGCUCCUGCGACCUGCCUUGCAUCCACCCCCCCUUCGCUAUCUGCGGAAGACCGCGUGGCUCUGUGCCAGGGUGCCGCCAAGGAGAGCCCGACCGCUCCAACCGCUUGCCUCAAAACAGUGCCGCAAGAUCUCCCGUCGGCCUCUGCGGUUGCCCUUUGCCGUGGGGCCGCCGACAAGAAGGCCGCCGCAGAGUGCGUGAAGGUGGCCCGCCACACCGUCGGAGAAUCUUCCGACGCGCUGAUGACGCUGUGUCAGGGUGCAUCAUCCGCGGCCCCCGCUCACUGCGCGAAGGCGGCCUUCCGGGCGGGCGCCGAUCGACACUUGGCCGCUGUGCUGUGCGCCGGAUCGACGUCGCUAGCGCCGGCGUCUUGCUUUGCGGCCGCGCCCCGCCAAAUCCCGGCGGAUGUCCGAGUUGAGACAUGUAUCGGCGCGCUGUCCACCAGUCCGGCGCUCUGCCUCGCGGCCUCUGGGCCUCGCGAGCUUCAAGCACAGCCGGAUGGGGAGGCCGUAUGCCCACUAGACCCUGAGGCUGGCAGACGUCCUCGGAGAGGGGUUGACCACCGAUUAGCUGCUCGUGUAUGUCGGGACGCAUUGGACGACAAACCGGCGUUAUGCGCGCGAGCGGCACCGCUCCGAAUGAGUGACGGUGAUGUGGAGGUCCUCUGUGCGGCCGACGGGCAGCCUGUCGGAGAAGAGACCGCAGAUUGCGCAGCAGCCGGUCUGAUGAUCGGGUUCAGCGGCACCAGUGCCGCCUCCCUCUGCCGCGGGGCAAGCUCGGGAGCGCCUGUCGCCUGCGCCGAGACGGCGGCGCACCGGAUAGGGGAAGCCGGACGGCUCGCGAUCUGCAAGGGGGCGUCGAGCACUGCCCCCGCGCGAUGUGCCAAUUCUGUGUCAGGUGCGGGAGUUCCUUCCGCCUCCGAAGUUGAGGAGUGCCGGGAAGCCGUUCCCCGUCCAUCCAGACUCCACAUCGCAGACCUUGGGCACGAGGGCGAAACUCUGUUUCCCGACCAGCCCAUGCACGCCACACUCGAGGUCUGGGAUCAAUGGGGGGGCAAGAUUCACAUGGACAGCUCAACGGUGGUACGCGCCUCCGUCGCCUUGCGCGGAUCCAACGGUGCCGUCGCGAAUGCUCAUGGGCGCUUCAACACCUCAGACGACGGCAUCGUUCAUUUUUCGCACCUGUCGUUCAGUGGGUCCGGAAAUUUGACGCUUCAGUUCUUCAUAGACGUCAAUGACAGCAAGGAUGGUGAAGCCGCGAACGUCCCCUUGGCUGCUGCACGAGUAAUCGUGGAAGAGACGGAGCAUGGCGCCAUCAUUCGCCGAUGUAGGGCAGUGUUCAGCCGGCUUGCUUGUCCCUGGCCCGUGAAAGGCGAAGGAACGAGCGGUGAAUGGGUGAGCGACGUGGGGAUGGGAACGGGCGCGCCGCGCCAGGCGCGGCCAUCGUCGUCGGUUGCGACUGAGGCUGUUUCCACCGUUUCAGGGGGAGCUGGCGCGGCGUGGUACGUGAUGACGUGCCAGCAAGUACUGGAGGAGAACGGCAUCAACGUAGCUUACGUCUCCUCCCCGGGCACAGAGCCACUCUCGGCUUUGCUGUGGUACCACCCCGGCAUCGAGACUCUGGAAACGGGCGCAGGGUUGCCGACUCGAGAUCAACCUGCGUGGGAGCGGCUGGGGGUGGAUCGGGACGCGAGUGGUCGCGAACUGCGACGCGCUUACUACCGCCAGUCGCUGCUCUGGCAUCCGGACCGCUGGGUGCGGCGACGCUUACGAGUGGAUGGUUUCUAG